ACACACUCAAAAAGCACGUCAUACACUGCAAAACAUGCAAGUUUUUUUUGCAAAGAUCGCCGAUUUAACUGAAAUUUCUGAUGGAUUUUAACUCAAACUAACAUAUUUUUAAGGGAGAAUAAGACUAAAACAUAAAUAUUUACUUCAGUGUUCCUCCAAACACCUCCUUUAAUCUGGAUUCGUGGCAUUUUCACAGUCUUUCUUGUCAAAAUUCAGGUUUGAGAAGUGAAAAGGGAGAAUAUCACGCAACGAGUUGUAGUUUAUUCUCCUAGCUAUGCGCUAGGCGCUAACCGGAAAAGAAAGAGAGAAUGCACGUACUUUUGCGCCGCGCAUUUUAAAGAUAAUUGAUAAAACGACUGGACAAAAAUCUACGUUUUCUCUCGCGACAGUUGAGUGCGCUGCGACUUUUCCAAUAACAGUUAGAUUUACGAAAAAUGUUCGGUUUAUCUAUUCGUGAGAUUGCUCUUCGCUUACGUGAUGGUCGGCUUUCGGUCACUGAGCUCUGUUCCAGAUGUGCAGAGAGGGCAAGGCGCUGUAAAGAGCUGAAUGCUAUUGUAACAGAGUGCUUUGAUCAAGGACUGGAAGAUGCAAAGAAAGUCCAAGACAAAAUAAAUAAAGGUGCAUCUGUAGGUUGUUUAGGUGGGAUACCUAUAACUAUCAAGGACAACUACAGCACAACAGGGCUUAGAACAACUUGUGGCUCAAAAAUGUUAGAGAAUUAUAAGCCACCAUACACAGCUACGGUGGUAGAAAGACUUCAGGAUCAUGGUGCUAUCCUUCUGGGAAAAACUAACCUUGAUGAGUUUGCCAUGGGGAGUGGUACAACAGACAGUUUGUUUGGACCUACACGUAAUGUAUGGAGGUACCCCUUUCAUCGGGUCAGGAAACGUCAAGCCCAGAAUACUGGAGGGAGUUAUAGUUCUGAAGAUGAUAUCAUUGAUUCUGAUUGGUUCGUUAGUGGAGGCAGCUCAGGAGGAAGUGGUGUCGCAGUAGCCAGUGGGUCGUGCCUGGCAGCUCUGGGCUCGGAUACAGGUGGCUCAGUCCGUCUUCCAGCAUCAUUUUGUGGCGUCGUCGGUUUGAAACCUUCUUAUGGUCUUUGUUCAAGGCAUGGCCUGAUAUCUCUAGUCAACUCUUUAGAUGUUCCUGGUAUCUUCACCAAGACUGUAGAUGAUACAGCAACUGUAUUAGGUGCUAUGGCAGGUCAUGACCCGAUGGAUUCCACAACCGUAAUGGAUCCAUUCACACCGUUUACCUUGCCAGAUGAGAUCGAUGUGAAAGGGCUUCAUAUAGGUAUACCUCAAGAAUACCAUGCCCCGGGAUUGAGUGAAGACGUCUUGAUGGCUUGGUCCAAAGCUGCUGAUCUCUUUGAAAAUGCCGGUGCCAAAGUGAGCCCAAUAUCCCUCCCCCACACCCAGUAUUCCAUAGCUGUUUACUCCGUCCUCAACACCGUAGAAGUCGCAUCCAAUAUGGCCAGAUAUGAUGGAAUAGAAUAUGGUACGUAUUCUUUGUUUUUGAAAUAUGAAAUGUAAAGAAUGACUUUAACAACAGAGAUGAGAAGGCCUAGUAGUGACACUUAUAAUUGACAGUUCAGGUAGGAAUCUGAAUAAGGGCAAAUUGUCCACUGCUGUUCAACUAAAAUUGUAAUUUAUAUGGAACACCACUCAUUUUUACAGUUUUCUUGCAGUUUACAAAUAUGUGCCAUUUCUGACACAUUGAGGGCCAAUGGCCCUCUGCCCGGUGACUUUCUUUGCUCUGCUCUGAACUAUGUUGCACAAUCCUGCACUUUUUCAUUUUUCAUUUUACAUAUUCAUUAGAGUAAUUCUUGAUUUAUUCUUAAUGGUACCUAGCUUACAUUUUCCCUUGUAAGAUAAAAUGCAUUGUCAUUUAUUAUUAUUCACAAAAUAUGUAUUGUGUUUAUGAUAUUACACUUUUUAAUAGAUAUUUCACUAGUUCCUGUAAUUUAUAGCUUAAGAGAUAGAAACUUUAAAUAUAAAGGUUUUGAAAGUUGAUUAUAUUUUGUGACAAAUGGGGUUUUGCAUGACACUUACCUUCAAUCCCCAAUAAAGUGGGAUUCCUGAAAUAACAAUAAUAAUUCAUUACAAGAAAGUUGAGUUGCAGGUGAAUACAGAUGAGUGAUAAAUUUGCUUUUAACUAGAGGUCUUGUGCUCGAUUUUGAGACUUGAUCGUGAUUUCAAUUGAACAUGCAUUUAUUGCAAAGCUCCUCUAGACAGGUUUAACAGUGAUUAUGAAGGGAAUGUAUAUGAUAUGCAUGCUUUAUUCGUGACAUGAAUAUUUUAGGAUUGCAUGAGAACAAUAAGUGAGUGGUCAAUGAGUGGUCAUUCCUGGUUAUGAGUCAAGGGAUGUAAGAAUUGAAUGUUACACAGGAAAUGGUCAUCUUUAUUGGUCAGUGGUCAGAGUGUCAGACGGGAGGCCCUCGUUAUACAUAGCCUAACUUAUUUAAAGGAAUUUUCCUUCUAACAUCAAUUACGUGUAGGUUUUUUUAUCACUGGAGAUUUCACAAAAAAACAAAUCGAGAAUAACAUUUUUUUUUUUGCAUUAGAAUUCAAACAGCUGUCCCAUAUGUCAUGUCGUAAAUUUCUUAAAUUCUUAUUUUUUUAUGAUUUUUUAUCACUGAAAAUACUUCUCUCAUAGGAGUGUGUAUGAAUUAAUCUCUGCUGAUGAUAUAUUGAAGGCAUUGUUGUAAUGAUCUUCAAUUUCUAAAAAUAUCGCAAGUUAUGGAAUUUAUAUCACAUGACAUAUGGGGGAAGCUGCUUGCAUGCGAUGUCACAAAUUGAAAUUAUUAUGUAUGAAAUUUCAUAACUAUAUUAUUCUUUCAUGUUUCUCUCAUUUUUCUGUUCCAAUGAUUUAAAAAAAAAAAUUUAGCCCUCCAAAGGCCUUUUAUUGAGUCAAAUAAUUUCAAAAUAUGCACAAGCAAAAAUUAUUACACAAUCAUUAAAUGAACUCAAACAAUAAUAAUACUUCACAUUUCUCUCAAUUAAAUAAAGAAUGAAGUGACAUCCAUUUCGUAUUAAAUUUGUUAAAACAAACCUGAUACGAUUGAGAACUCUCUCAUCUUCAUAACUUUUGUAGAAACAAAUGUUGUCUGAUUAUACAUACCAAACAUUUCAAUGCAUCAUUUCUUUUUUUCAUCAAAACCAAAGAUUAUAUUUUCCAAACUAAACUUAACAUUUACCUUAGAACCUUCAUUUAUCAAAUUUUCUGUUUCUUUCCAAAUUUUCUUACUAAUUUUACAUUCUUAAAAUUGUUUGAUGUUUCAAUUUAAAAGAAUGUAAAUAUUUCAAUUUAAAACAUAUUUUAUCAAUAAUGCCAAGAUGGACUCUCCCCUUUAAUGUAAUUGGUGAUGGAUAUGUACAUUUAUCAUCCCUAUACCAGUAGGUGAAUUUAGUUUCAGUUUUCAACCAUACUUUCAUUCUCAUUGUUAUCUUGUAAGAUGACUUUCACUCUACCUCUUUAAUAUUCAUUUCUACUUUUGAAGACAUGUUUUUGUUUGAAUUUGUUUUCAUAUGACUUUAAUGCACUGGGAGAGCAAAUCAGGGUUGGUGAUUUUUUUUUUAAUGAAAAAUUAUGAAACUCAGAUUUGUUUGAUUUAAAUCAGAUUUUUUUUUUUUUCAAGACAAAAUUUUUUAGAACAAAGCGCAAACACCAAAAAUAUAAUCCUUUACACUGACAUAAACUUUAAAGUCUUACAUUUCACUACUGGAUCACUGAGAUCUGAAGAACAGAAUCUACCAAGAAAUACCGCUUUGGAAUUGCAUAGGCUGCAUUAUUCUGCAAUUUUAUUCAAUCUGUAUAGAAGAAACAGAAAUGAAUGCAUCAUAAGUAUUUGUUCAAUAUUUGCACAAAUAAAUGUUGACUUUGAUUUUACAUAUC